UGUCGGUUUUUCAUUCAAAUCUCUCUCGAAAAGCACCGAAACCCACCGAAACAUUACUACUAUCGUCACUUGAGAAUUCCUUCCGACAACCAUGUCGAUGAUCCCGAGUUUCUUCGGCGGGCGCCGGAGCGGCAUCUUCGACCCCUUCUCCCUCGACGUUUGGGACCCCCUCGAGGGCUUCGGCGUCGCCCCUGCCGCCCAACCGUCCGGCGGGGACCGGCAGGCCACGGCCAUAGCGAACGCGCGGAUCGACUGGAAGGAGACCCCGGAGGCGCACGUGUUCAAGGUGGACCUGCCGGGGCUGAACAAGGCGGAGGUGAAGGUGGAGGUGGAGGACGGGAGGGUGCUGCAGAUCAGCGGGGAGAGGCGCAGGGAGAAGGAGGAGAAGACGGACAAGUGGCACCGCGUGGAGCGGAGCACCGGGCGGUUCAUGCGGCGGUUCAGGCUGCCGGAGAACGUGAAGCUGGACGAGGUGCGGGCCAACAUGGAGAACGGGGUGCUCACGGUGGUCGUCCCUACGGUGGAGGAGAGGAAGCCCGAGGUCAAGGCCAUCGACAUCGGCGGCGGAGAGCCGGAGAGACAGAGGAUUGCCGGUUGAGUAAGCUGAUGGAGGAGGAGGUGUGAGAAGAGAAAGAGGAGACAAGAUGGCGUGUUUUGGCUGGUAAAUAAGGUCAACGUCAACGUUGUGUUUUCUCGUUCGUUCGUUCGUUGU